AUGAAAAUGCAGCAAUGGAAAGAAUGGCAUCAGCGCUCUCCUCUGUGCACCCAGGGUCUCGAGAAUCCCAACAUUUGGCGUGUUUAUGCUGGCAUUUUAAAACUAUCAGAAAUAAAUGAGGAUACACCUGUCUUCAGAGUCCAAGAGAUUAUUAUUCACCCUCAAUAUGUGAUUGCAGAAACUGGAUAUGACAUCGCCUUAAUGAAACUUGAUAAGCCUAUGAAUUUUACUGAUUUACAACAGCCCAUAUGCUUGCCAUCAAAAGAAGAAACAAACACAAUUUAUACUGACUGCCGGGUGACCGGAUGGGUUACACAAAAGAACAAGAAUGAGUUGCAAGAUAUUCUUCAGAAGGCUACUAUUCCUCUAAUAUCAAAUGAAGAAUGCCAGACAAGAUAUCAGCAGGACAGAAUAAAUGACAAGAUGAUAUGUGCUGGUUAAGGGGGAAAGGAUGCUUGUAAGGGAGACUCAGGUGGGCCAUUAUCAUGCAAACAUGAGAAAAUCUGGUAUGUGGUGGGCAUUACCAGCUGGGGUGAAGGAUGCGCUCGCCCAGAACAACCAGGUGUUUAUACAAACGUGGCGGAAUAUGCAGACUGGAUUCUAGAAAAAACCAUGUAG